AUUCAAGGAACUUUAUCUUUCCCGAGGAUGGCACUUGACGAGGCCAAGCGAGCGAGAAACAUCGAGUAGAUAGUACUAUUACAUACACUGGAGAAAGAUGGGAGGAGGAGCCAUGCAUACUGACCUUCCUAUGAUCCAUUCCAACACUUCUUUAUCUGCCCUCCCCUCUCUAUCUCCUCCACCUCCUUCUACUAGUCUUAAUUUCCCAGUCCCUGUCAAUAACAUGGCAUCCCUUCCACAAUCUUUUAUUGCUUCUUCUUCUUCUUCUUAUUAUCCCAGUGAAAGUUUGACCAGAAACGUCUCGGUGCUCGGAAAAGAAGAGAAAAGAGCAAGUGAGUAUCCGAAUCGGGAUAUUUUCGGCCUUGUUCCAUCUCAACCCGAAGUAGAAAGUGCAGUGACUGCUCUUCAAAAUUUUUUGAAAGCGAUUUCUUCAUCUGAGUCGGGAUUUAACCAGCAGCUGAAAACGUUGGGAUAUGGUGAUAUCAAAAAAUCGCUAUCUCAUGGAUAUGGAAGAGUUGAGAAUGCUUUUCGUUUGCUGCAAACAGGGCCAAGUAUUAAGAGACUGGUGAUAUCUCUAUCAUCUGAUAAAGCUGUGUGGGAUGCUGUUAUGAAUAACGAGGUCGUGCGGCAGCUGCGAGAGUCAUUCAUCGAUCCAGGCGUAAACCGUAGGAUACCAAGCUGUGCCGAAGAACAGGAUGUGGGUACCUGUGUGUUGAGAUGGAUUAUGGACAUCACCAAAGCCCAAGUUACUCUUCUUAUCCAGAAAUUUCAGCAGUUGAUGAACGAGAUUUUCCAACCUUCAGAAAGGGAGAAAGAGAGAGUCACAGAAGGAAGCAUAGAUGAGAUGGAUGACAUAAUUGGAUCAUCGUUGCUUCUCUCCAUUGUAAUCCUCUUGAUUGUAGUUGUGGCAAGGAUUCAUGGGGCUUAACCACACGAUCACAGAAUAAUAGUAAUGUUUUCAUAUAUUAAAGUGAUCACAGAAUAAUAGUAAUGUUUUCAUAUAUUAAA